GUCAAGUAGUUUAGUUGGGAGCUUUAAAGAGCUUUACUCACAAUAUUAAUGAUUCUUGUACGCCGUAUGAAAUAGACAUUGUAUAACUGACUAAUGCACUUGCGCAUGCGCGUGAAAGUUGCCUACCUGUCGGUAGCAAGCUACUCAGGUACCUCAGAUAUCGCUGCCGUCGUCGACACCUGCGGAAUCAACCGCGGAGUCACCACGAAUUCGUCAGCAUACGCGCAGUUGUAAUCGUGAUGGUGUUAUCAGUGUGCCGCCAACGCGUGUGAAGUGACCUGUGUGCGAUGACGGCAAAUUUGGAUACAAUCUGAUCGCAACACAUCCAAAGGAAGAAAAAAAAAGCUUCGAAACUCCAGAAGAUUUCCAGGUAUUCAGGUAUUUAGUUACCUAAUUACUUAAUUGGGCCCCACUUAAAAUGGCGUACCAUUCGAAUGGUUACUCGGGUGACGAGCGGGAUAUGGGCCGAGGAGACGAUAGAAACAACGACGAUAUGGAUAAGUCCACGUAUUUGAUGGAGCAUUUGGCUACGUUUACCGUCAACAAGGAAACAGGCAUCACCUACCCUGCAGAUGGUAUGCGUCGUCUUUUGCAACUCGAAAAAACCAACGGGAUCUGGUCCCAAAAGAUGCAGUUGUGUUUGGAUCGUUCUUGGGUGUUGAUCAUGGAUUAUGAAACAGGCGGUAUCAUGGAGAGGUUUCCUGGUAAGUCCAUAGUGGAACCCACUUCGUUCACUAGCCAGGACCCGAUGGAGAUGUACAAUAACAUAUUGGUCUUUAUCGUGACCAACUCCAACCCACAGCACCCACCAGAAAUGCACAUAUUUCAGUGCCAAAGCAUAUCCGCGCAAGAUUUAGUAGAAGACCUCAAAGAGAUGCAGAAAGGAAGGAUCAUCACACGAAACCGUAGAAGUAGCAUGCCCCCACCUUCAGAAACCCCAUUGCAGCAUGUAAAUGCUUCACGUGACUACAGAGAAUCCGACUCAGAGUUGACCACAAAUAAUGACGAUAAUAGUUCCACCACAAGUGAACAAUACGAAAGAGACGUCACAGUGUUGAACCACUGCUUUGAUGAUAUAGAAAAGUUCAUCGCACGAUUACAACACGCAGCUGCAGCUUCCAGGGAGUUGGAACGCCGCCGUCGUAAUCGUAAGAGUAAGAAAAGUGACAAUGGUGAUGGUAUGCUCACCAUGCGAACAAAACCACCUUUAGAGAAGGAAUUCGUUGAUAUCUUCCAAAAGUUUAAGUUGUCCUUUAAUUUGUUAGCAAAAUUAAAGGCCCAUAUCCACGACCCUAAUGCUCCCGAAUUGGUACACUUCCUAUUCACACCUCUAGCUCUCAUCGUGGAGGCUGCCCAUGAUACAUACUUUGAUUUACACAUACCACACAAUGUGGUGUCACCUCUGUUGACCCGCGAAGCCAUCAAUCUGCUGAUCAACUGCGUGACCAGCAAAGAAACUGAACUCUGGCAUUCCCUGGGUAACGCCUGGCUUAUCCCCAGAAACGAAUGGAAGGGACAUGUGAGCACAUACCAUCCAGUAUUCUUGGAUAAAUGGUCCCCGGAUUAUCCAGUCGUAGAUGAAUUGGAACCAAGCAAACACUACAGGGACCCACAUAACGAUGGCCAUUUCAGCGAUGAUGAAUACGACCCAUCUGUACAGGACAACAUGUUCAUGAUGGAGAACCAACGAGGUGAACCCCAUCAUGAACCAGAUCCCAAGAUAGACCAUCAUCCACACCCCAACCCACAUCCUCACGCAGUAAGGGAUCAUGAACUCCCAAGCGGGGCACGUAGUGACAUCUCCGCGGAUUCCAUCGAGCGUAAUGGAGGAGGAGGUGUUCCUGGCCCAGCGAAUGACGAACGCAACUUCAAACGCCUCCAGGAGAAUUUUCUCGCUAUGCUCCACAAGCAAAACGCCAUGGUCGUGCAGGUAACCUACCCACGCACAGCAAACAACGAUAAAGAACUCACCGUAGUCCGUGGGGAAUACCUCGAGGUCCUGGAUGAUACCCGCAAGUGGUGGCGGGCGAGGAACCACAAAGGUGAGGUUGCCCAUGUGCCUCAUACAAUCGUAAGCAGAUUCAACUAUCAAUCGGAUAUCUACCCGAAUCCGAUUUAUCAGCAAUAUCACAUGAAUCGUCCCGAAUCCGCAUCGGAUAGACACAGUCCAAGCGGGCCGGAGCAUCCAACUACCACACAACCCGCCGCUGCUGAAUUGGUGCGAAGGGAACGCAUUGAACCUCCAAUUGCACCCCCACCACCUCCGCCACCACCGGUGGAUUACGUAAGUCGACCAAGUCUCUCAAACUAUAGCCCACAAGAAAAUGUUCAGAUGCGUGCGCCACCAGUAAACCAAUCACCACAGGAACACCGCCAGUCGAGUGUCAACGAUGAGCUGAAAGCGAUUUUCCAGCUAAUGAAUGAACAAAAACGCAAAGAUAUGGACAUUAAAACCACCCCGGAGGUGUUUAUCACUGCAGGGUCAAAGGAUCAAGAGGUGCAGGAGUGGUUAAAAGCGAAAAACUUCCCGGAGGAAAUUUGUAAGGGCUUGAAAGGAAAGAACGGACGGGAAAUGUUCAAAAUCGCACAACAGCCCAAUGAGUUAUUCAAUUCCUCCGAGGGUAAACGGCUGCAGUCGCAGUUGAAACUGCAAAUGAGUGUUUGUGGUUACCAAACGGUGAGGAUAAGUGAAUUCAAGCAGAUCAUGCAGAAGGCCAAAGCCAGAGUCGCUUCCGACUAUGAAUGAUCGAAAUUAACGUGUGUUUAACCACAAAUUUAACCAGAAACUAAUCAAUUAACAAUAUAAUAUUAUAUUACCUGAAAUGAUGUACUUAUACCUACUAAUUAUUAUUAAUAUAUUGGUGAAUGGUUUUAAAA